UCUGAAAGAGCUCAUUGUGUUGGAUGUGAGUAAGGUUGGUGUGAAGUGUGCUGUGCUUGUGUGGAUGAUGUAUUUAGUGUCAGCAUCAGUAGGAUUACACAUAUCGUAGAGGAUCGCUAAGCCUGAAUCAUCAUGCACAUCAUCACAAUUACAACAAGCUGGGAGUGGUGCGGAAAUUGUGCAAGAUACGGAUAGGGCACACGUUUAUGAUAGUUUGAUAUCAAGGAUUGCGCGAUCAGUGUUUAAUUCAAUUGAAGAAAAUGAAUGAAGAGAACGAGAAAUACCCCAUAUUGUAUAUAUCAUGCUAGAGGGAGACGUAGAUCUUUGGAUACGCGUUUUGCUGGUGUCACCUCGGUUGUUUUGCUGGAAACUGACCAGUCUGGAAAGCAGGGAGGUGGUGGUGGCACUUUUUCUGACAAUAACGGAUACUACUAGUAUUGUGUCUCGUUUGAUUUGCUCUCGUUUUAAAGUCGAAGAGUAAGGGGGUGGAAAAUCGCUGUUAAAGGACUGUCUACAGUUACAUCAUGGGAAACGCAGGGAGUAUGGAUUCUCAGCAAACUGAUUUCAGAGCGCACAGCAUGCCUCUGAAACUACCAAUGCCAGAACCAGGUGAACUGGAGGAGAGGUUUGCCAUCGUUUUGAAUUCCAUGAACCUUCCUCCAGACAAAGCAAGACUACUGCGCCAGUAUGACAAUGAAAAGAAAUGGGAACUCGUAUGUGAUCAGGAGAGGUUUCAAGUGAAGAAUCCUCCUCAUACCUACAUUCUGAAACUGAAGGGUUAUCUGGACCCAGCAGUCACCAGGAAGAAAUUCAGAAGAAGAGUGCAAGAAUCAACACAGGUCCUAAGAGAACUGGAAAUUUCAUUAAGAACAAAUCAUAUUGGAUGGGUUAGAGAAUUCUUAAAUGAAGAGAAUAAAGGCUUGGACGUACUGGUGGAAUAUCUGUCUUUUGCACAAUACGCUGUCACGCUUGAUUUCGACAGUUUGGAGAACAAUGUGGAGAACUCUGUGGAAAAGUCCAAGCCCUGGAGCAGGUCCAUUGAGGAUUUACACAGAGGAAGUAACUUCCCUUCUCCAGUUGGAAGCAGCAUCUCCCGGUCUAGCAGGCAUUCUACAUUACGGUGUAAUACAUUGCCAAGCCGAAGGACACUAAAGAACUCCCGGUUAGUGAGCAAGAAGGAUGAUGUUCAUGUGUGCAUCAUGUGUUUAAGAGCCAUCAUGAACUACCAGUAUGGUUUUAAUUUGGUCAUGUCGCAUCCGCAUGCCGUAAAUGAAAUCGCCCUUAGUCUGAACAACAAGAACCCCAGAACAAAAGCUCUUGUUUUAGAGCUGUUAGCGGCCGUUUGUCUUGUCAGAGGAGGACAUGAAAUUAUUUUAUCAGCUUUUGAUAACUUCAAGGAGGUUUGUGCUGAAACACAGAGGUUUGAAAAAUUGAUGGAGCAUUUCAAAAAUGAAGACAACAAUAUUGAUUUUAUGGUGGCGUGCAUGCAGUUUAUUAAUAUCGUGGUCCAUUCUGUGGAAGACAUGAACUUUAGAGUCCAUCUGCAGUAUGAGUUCACCAAGUUAUGUCUGGAUGAGUAUCUGGAAAAGCUGAAACAUACAGAGAGUGACAAGCUGCAGGUUCAGAUCCAGGCAUACCUGGACAAUGUGUUUGAUGUGGGGGCUCUUCUGGAGGAUGCCGAGACCAAGAACGCUGCUUUGGAACGAGUUGAAGAGCUGGAAGAAAACAUUUCUCAUAUGUCGGAGAAACUGCAGGAUACGGAAAAUGAAGCCAUGGCCAAAAUUGUGGAACUGGAGAAGCAGCUAAUGCAGAGAAACAAAGAACUGGAUUCUAUUAGGGAUGGUUAUAGGGAUGCAAGUUCCCAGGUUCACACUCUAAGGAGGAUAGUAAAAGAGAAGGAUGAAGAAAUCCAAAAGCAGUCCAACCUGGAAAAGAAAAUCCACGAACUGGAGAAACAAGGGGCACUAAAAAUCCAGAAGAAAGGGGAUGGGGACAUUGCAAUCCUUACUUCAGGGCAGCAGGGGGUGCUGUCCAUUGGCUCAGAAGUGGCUACUGGUUCCUAUGUAGGUCCAAUGGGCCCAGAUACUGGUGCUAUUCCUGGAGUGCCAAUGUUGCCAUCACCAGUGCCAGGGGCAGUGCCAAACGGACCGUCCGUUUCACUUGAGCCUCCACCACCGCCACCCCCUCCACGGGUGAGACCUCUGGGACCCCCCUCCCCUCCUCCCCCUCCCCUCCCCCCUCCUCCACCAGCAGCCCCGCCUCUUCCUGGCUCAGGCUCUGCCACCGUCAUCUUCAACUCAGGCUUAGCAGCAGUAAAGAUCAAAAAGCCAAUCAAGACUAAAUUCCGAUUGCCGGUCUUUAACUGGGUGGCAUUGAAACCCAACCAGAUAAAUGGGACCGUCUUCAAUGAAAUAGAUGAUGAGAAAAUCCUGGAGGAUUUAAAUGUGGAUGAGUUUGAGGAAAUGUUCAAGACAAAAGCCCAGGGUCCAGCUGUUGAUGUGACUUCUACCAAGCUGGUAAUUCAAAAGGGACCUAAUAAAGUCACAUUACUAGAAGCCAACAGAGCCAAGAAUCUAGCCAUCACCUUGAGAAAAGCUGGGAAGACAUCGGAAGAGAUAUGCAAAGCAAUUCAAAUGUUUGACCUAAGAACUUUACCGGUGGAUUUCGUUGAGUGUUUAAUGAGGUUCCUGCCGACAGAGAAUGAAGUGAAAGUUCUGCGUCAGUAUGAGAAGGAAAGGAAACCACUGGAGAGCCUGACCAAUGAAGACAGGUUCAUGAUGCAGUUCAGCAAGAUUGAGAGAGUAAUGCAAAAAAUGACCAUUAUGGCCUUUAUUGGGAACUUCUUAGAGAGUGUUCAAAUGCUGACACCUCAACUUCAUGCAAUAAUAGCAGCGUCCGUGUCUAUAAAAUCAUCGCAAAAACUGAAGAAAAUGCUUGAGAUUAUCUUGGCACUUGGAAACUACAUGAAUAGCAGUAAAAGAGGAGCAGUAUAUGGCUUUAAACUACAGAGUUUAGACUUGCUUUUAGAUACCAAAUCAACAGACAGAAAGCAGACCUUGUUGCACUACAUUGCUAACGUGGUGAAGGAGAAGUACAUUGAUGUCUCACUCUACUACAAUGAGCUCCACUAUGUUGAAAAGGCUGCAGCAGUGUCCCUGGAUAAUGUUCUGAUGGAUGUGAAGGAGCUGCAGAGAGGAAUGGAUCUGACAAAGCGCGAGUACAGUAUGCACGGCCACAACACCAUUCUUAAAGACUUCAUCAACACCAAUGAAGGAAAACUUAAGAAGCUGCAGGACGAUGCCAAAAUCUCACAGGACGCAUUUGACGAAGUACUUAAAUACUUUGGUGAAAAUUCCAAAACAACACCGCCUUCAGUGUUCUUCCCAGUCUUUGUCAGAUUUGUAAAAGCCUAUAGGCAAGCGGAAGAAGAUAAUGAACAAAGGAAGAAACAGGAGCAGGCUCUGAUGGAGAAAUUGCUAGAACAAGAAGCCAUGAUGGAACAGCAAGACCCGAAGUCACCUUCACAUAAAAAUAAGAGGCAGCAGCAGGAUCUGAUUGCAGAGCUGAGGAAGAAGCAAGUUAAAGACAGCAGACAUGUUUAUGAGGGGAAAGAUGGUGCCAUUGAGGAUAUUAUUACAGAUCUUAGAAACCAGCCCUACAGGCGAGCCGAUGCGGUGAGGAGAAGUGUCCGACGGCGUUUUGAUGAUCAGAACUUGCGCUCAGCGAACGUGGAAAUCACUCUGUGAGCAAGGGAAAUGCAUGUGUCAAGAGGGUGUGUGAAUGAAUGUUAUGGCGUCUGUGUGAAGCGUGAGUAGCAGUUUGGACUCUACAGGCUUGACGUCAAUGGUAAAAUGGGCUCUCCCUCAGAAACUGGGAAGCUCUUUGAGCAGAGAAGCCAAGUGCCUAAAUUUCAAUUAUCUGUUAUUUACUAAAAGCAAUAUAACUUGACCUGGCUUUAUUUUUUAUUCCAAGUAUCUAUUAUCUAUCUUGCAUUUUUAAACAGGACACACUUGUCUGUACAGGUGUUCAGUAGUCUUUCUUAUGAAAGGAAAGUUUAGAAUGUAAGGUACGAUGGUUUCCUGGGUAUUUGCAGUGAGGAUACUUUGUGAAAGUGAUCUACUAUGGAAUGGUAUACUGUAGUCGUUUUUAAAAUAAUCCGGUGAUAUUGUGACUAGGAAUAAAAAGUGUUAUCUGCACUUUUUCAUUAGCUUUUUUUGUUGAAGGGCUAAGGAUAUGUUUGUUUUUGUUUUUUUUUUUAAGAAAAGGUGUCCUAGUUUAUUGUUUUAACUAACAGUACAGAACUGUCACAAAGCAGCAAACUCAAGUGUAAUGUUGGAAAGAGUUUGUAUGGUUCUGUUUGAGUACCAUCAAUAUAGUUUCAAGGUGAAAGUGCUGUGAAUUCUAAGAGCGGAAGGAGCGUUACUAUACUGGGCAAGACCAGGUUAAUGUGAAUUGUAUAUAGGACACCGUACUAAGGUAUUAACAUCUCAUUAAUCAGUGUUGUCAUUAUUGCCAAGGACCAAUACUACACAACUGUCACUGUAUAGUGCUAGAUAUUUUCUACUAAAGGAGAACUUAAGUGCCAAUCCAACAACAUACAAAUAAUAAAAAAAUAUAUAUAAUUUAUGUAAAAUAUGAAUCCAGGGAACUGGUUUAAAAAUGUGUUUGGUGAUUUUUUGUGGAGUUGUGAGCAUCCAUAUCCUAUCAUGCUCAUUUAUACUUCAAACAAGUUACAGUAAUCAGACAAGGCACUUCAGGCUACUUUUAGUUUAUCUAAUAAAAACUGGAUUAAAAGAAAAUGUUAUUCUCUAAAAAUGUGUGCUUUGCUUACGACUAAAUCUUCUGGAUUGUGUCUACUUCGCUAUCUUUAUUGUAAAAGUUUAAUGUAUAGUAUUUAACCAUUGAAUACAUUUUCAUUGUUUUGCUCAUGUAAACCACUUGGUGUUUAUGGCAUUUCUUUUUGAUAAUGUUUAGUUAUUAAGUAAAAACAACUUUUUAAAUGUACAGAUAUUUUGCUACAAAAUUGGUGCAGUUUGUAUUUUUUUUUUUUUUUCUUUACUCUUAAUCCACAUAUUAGCAUAUGGUUAAUAUUGUACAUAUUGCUUAAAGGUUUGCAACAGCCUGUGCUACACAAUCUGAAUGUUAUUUUAACUUAGUUUUAUUUUGAAUUUAACUACAUGAGCGUGAACAAGGUUUUGGCUUAUUAGACUGGAAAUAGUUAAAAUACUCAUUUUGCUUUUUAUCAUUUACACAAUGAUGUAAUUUGUGUGCUAAACGGAACAUGCCAAGAUGUUGUCUUUCUUGCCUGACAAACAGGCAUUAAACCUUUGCCAUUAAAAAUUAAGUUAUUUUACUUGUUAACUGGCCCUAAAUUAUAGAUUUUAUAUAGCAUGUUCAUUAUUUUCUUUACUUAACAAAAAUUGUGGUUAAGUAAAAAAAAAUAAUUGACAGCUGCAACACUUUCAUUUCUUAAAUCAGAUAUUGGCAUGUUCUUAUAAAUACAUUGUAGGUGAUACCUGCUUAUUUGCAAUAUUAAACUAGUUUUUAAUAAAGCAAGUUUCAAGUUAAA